CGGGGGUUUGGCUGCCUGCGGGUGGGAGUAAGGGAGGCGCUAGGCGACUUGGGCGUCUAGAGAGGCUGAGCGGCAAGUCGCAGCAGCAGAAUCCGAAGCAACACUUGAGAACCAUCAUGAACGCCGGGAAGGAAGCGGUUGUGCUCGUAGCCGCUGCAAGGACCCCGAUCGGAUCCUUCAAUGGUGCCCUGUCUACUUUGCAUGCCCAUGAGCUGGGCUCUAUAGUCAUUAAGGAAGUGUUGGAGAGAGCAAAAAUCAGUCCUGAUGAAGUGUCUGAGGUUAUAUUUGGACAAGUCUUGACAGCAGGUGCUGGUCAAAACCCUGCUCGACAAGCCAGUGUUGGUGCAGGGAUUCCAUAUCAGGUACCAGCUUGGAGUUGUCAAAUGAUUUGUGGUUCGGGCCUGAAAGCCGUGUGCCUAGGGGCUCAAUCCAUCAUGGCAGGAGAUUCUAGCCUUGUGGUGGCUGGAGGCAUGGAGAGCAUGAGCAAGGCACCACAUCUCAUUCACAUGCGCAGUGGGGUGAGGAUGGGGGAGACCUCCUUGCAGGACAGCAUAAUCUUAGAUGGCCUGACAGAUGCCUUUUAUCAUUACCACAUGGGUAUAACCGCUGAAAACGUGGCCAAGCAAUGGCAGGUGAGCCGAGAAGAACAAGACCAACUGGCUGUAAAGUCACAGAACAAGGCUGAAAAGGCCCAGAAGGCUGGCUAUUUUGAGAAAGAGAUUGUACCCGUUCUUGUGCCUUCCAGGAAAGGUCCUGUUGAAGUUAAAGCAGAUGAGCAUCCCCGCCAUGGUAGCAAUUUAGAGACAAUGGCAAAGCUAAAGCCUUUCUUUGUGACUGAUGGAACAGGAACUGUGACUGCAGCGAAUGCCUCAGGUGUGAACGAUGGAGCUGCAGCUGUAAUUCUCAUGACAAAAACGGAGGCUGCUAGACGGGGUCUUACUCCUUUGGCGCAGAUAGUGUCUUGGGCUCAAGCUGGUGUCGACCCUUCUGUAAUGGGCACAGGACCUAUCCCAGCAAUAAAGAAAGCUGUGGAGAAAGCAGGCUGGACAGUGGACCAAGUUGAUUUGUAUGAAAUUAAUGAAGCCUUUGCUUCACUAGGUGUAGCAAUAACAAAAGAGCUAAAACUGAACCCAGAAAAGGUUAAUGUUGAAGGUGGAGCUGUUGCCCUUGGACAUCCUCUUGGAGCAUCUGGUUGCCGCAUUCUUGUCACUCUUGUGCAUGCACUGGAACGAAUGGGUGGAAAACGGGGAGUUGCUGCCUUGUGUAUAGGAGGAGGAAUGGGCAUAGCUAUGUGUGUUGAAAGAUAAUGUAAGCUUUACGUCUGUACUGACUUAUGGUGUGGCUUCUUUUACUAAUAAAGCAAAGUUCCAUCCAGUGUA